AAGAUAUUCGACGUUACAUCUGCCCCUGAAAUUGUAUGCCUUCAAUACCCUGGGUUAUUUGUAGCUGAGCUCAGCCAUUUAGUCAUGUAAUCUAUAUUUACAUGACAACUUCAGGGCUGCCCUCUCUCGCCAAACCGUAACAAUUUCCGAAGCCGCUUCGAGCGACAUGGCGCAUGAAGACUUCCAUCGCAUUUAUUGUCACCCUGGCCUCGGCUAGCCAUGUGCAAGCUCACGUAGCUGCGUGGGUUAAGGGUAUGUUUUGUCUGAAUGGCACUGAACCUGGAGUCGAUGACGCGAAUACGAACACCGCUGUCCUUCCUCUAUACCAACUUCCCAAGAGCGAAUGGUGGAUGCAGCAUGACCGCAGUUGCGACCAGUUCCCACCCGAUGAGGGCGACUUUUUGGAGCUCCCCGCGGGCAAAUCUUUUACAGUUGAGCUGGCUCAUAACCGUGCUCAAACUACUCUUUCAUUUAAGGGACAAUUCACUUCGGAAUGGCCGGACGGUGGACAACACCCAGAAGACUGGCAUAGUCCUUCUCCUGAUACUUGCCUCGAUGCCAACCCUGACCAAGCAGGCGGCGCGAUGCAUACCCAUAAUGAGUCAACAGCUGCUGGAACCGCUUUCGCUAUCUCAUACAAUUCCGACAUUUCGAAAGUUACAAUGGAGAACCUAGCGGUAUUCACAGUUUUGCAGCAUACUCCGUGGAAGCGUUUAGCCACAUACGAUGUCCCGGCUGAUUUGCCUCCUUGUCCUGAGGGUGGCUGUUAUUGCGCGUGGCUUUGGGUUCCCGACGGAUGCGGUCAACCGAAUAUGUACAUGCAGAAUUUUAGAUGUCGCGUUACUGGCUCUACUUCAACGAAGACUGUCGCUGCCGCUAAAUCGGCGGUGUUCUGCGGUGAUGGUAAGACGCCAUGUAUCGAGGGAGCAAAACAGAUGAUCGCCUGGAACCAGAUUGAUGGCAACAACUUCGAAAUGCCAGCUGGGAUCUCCCCGGGCUACAAUGAAAAGAUGGGAUGGAAAGCUGGUGCCCAGAACGAUAUCUUCCUGUAAAGAUGAGCUUGCCUCAUACUUUAUAUGUCAGAGAACCGGCCAGAUUUCUACCAGUCACAACCAAAAGCUAGCUCGCAAAGUCAAUCAAGACUAGAGAAAUCGAAUGAACCCAUUUAUAGAAAAUUUUACCAUUGCCCUUGUGCACUUUUUUCGCGAUGUAUCUGAGGGGAACGUUUGUCAUGAAGACA